CUUGAUGUUUGCACAGAAGAAAUCAAAGUUUAGUUAGCGGUGUGUUUUUAUUAUUAGAAAUUUGGUACUAGUAUUGGAAGUUUGGCGAAAGAAGUAAUAAACUAUUUUGUUUAUACUUAUUUUGGGUUCAAGAUGCCACAUCCUGGUGUUAAAAGAUACAAAGUCAAAUGCAAAGUCAAGAACUGUUCACAUUCAAUUUUUGAUAAUGACUAUCGGAUGACACAUAAUCGAAUUUAUCAUUUGGAUUAUAUCCGAAACCAUAAAGGGAUACCUUAUGAGAAGUAUGGCGCACCACGAAACCCUUUUGAAACCAAUUCGGCAAUAAAUUCCCAAUCGUGCAGCAAAAUAAGUUUGUCUAAAAUUAAUUUCAAUGCCCAAGAACUUUGCCCAAGCAACAUUACAAAUGAAGUGGAAAUAAAUAUCAAUGAAAAUCUGACAAAAAUCUCUGAAGCAAUUGAAAAUGAAUCAUCUGAAAUUGAAUGUGAGAUAAUAAAUGAGAGUAAAAACAUUGAUAUUACUAAUGAUGAAAUACUAGCAGUGCCUGAAAUUUUGGAUUUCUGUGAUCAAACUCUGUUAGUAGAAUCCCAACCGAGUGAUGUUAAUUUAUUGGAAAAAGAGACUACGUUUUCAGAUUCGAUGGGUAAAUUUGCAAAGCUGUGUAAACUUUUAAGUGAGUGCGAAUUAAAACUAGAUGAAGUGAAAAAUACAGACAAUUUACAUUUGGAAAAACUUCUCAUUGAAAUGACAGAGCUUGCUUCUGAGGUAAAAAUUUCAGCAGAGAAUGUUUUGGAUGCCAAUGACCAAGCUCUUGCAAACAUUUUAAACAAAAGAAAAUAUGAUAAUAUUGAAACACUUACUACAAAAAAUUUCUUUCUUUCGCAUGAUCCUGGCCAGCGUUCGAAAAUUGAAAAUUGAAAAUGCUUGGGUUGAAAACGGUAUCCGCACGUGGCAUAAAAUGAAGAGUCGAGAAAAGAAAGGUAAAAGAGGAAAACUAUCAGAACAUUUUUCUUCAAAAUCUCAUAAAGCUUCAUUAUUAGACUAUUGCAAUUAUUGUAAUAGUGCUCAACAUAUUAAUCUCCUCUUGGACAAGAAACAAAGACAAAUUGUUAUUAGUGAAAAAGAAGAAAUGGAGUCUAAUAAGUGUGUUAUAAAAGUUCUUAUUGAUUUGGCUCGAACAUUGGGUAGGCAAACAAUCGCGUUUCGUGGAGAUGAUCGGGAUGAAAAUGGAAAUUUUAGACAGUUGGUAUAUUUUAUGUCGAGACAUAAUUUGGUACUUAAACGAUGGUUGAGCAACAUAAAACUUAGAAAAUAUCAUGUGACAUAUAUGAGUGCUAAAUCCCAAAAUAACUUCAUUCAUUUGCUUGGACAAGAUGUUCAAAGCAAAAUUGUUUCCGAAGUUAACCAAGCAUCGAUGUUUUCAAUUAUGACAGAUCAACUCCUGAUGUGUCACACAGUGAUAAGUUAGCAAUUGCUGUAAGGUAUGUGGAUAAUAACUGUAAUAUUAAAGAAAGAAUUGUGCAGAUGUGCGAGGUAGCUGACAAAACGGGUGAUGGAAUUGCAGAUUUAAUAAUAUUGACAAUCAAUAACCUUCAACUUGAUGUCAUUAAUUUUGUUGGCGUCAGAAAAAGAUUAAGUGGACAAUAUAGAUCUUGACGUGUUGGUAAAAAAAUGGUCUAUAACAACACAAAGACGUAUUCAAAUUGAGUAAUUGAUUACGCAGUUUUGCGUUUUAUACGUUAAAUUUGUUGUUGUUUGUAUAUGCUUUUGAAAUACUGUAAAUUUCAUUUGCAUUGUAAAAUUUAUAUAAUCUUUCAGAAAAAAUAUAUUUUAUUUCUUUUAA